UCACUUCUAGCAGCUUUGGGAUCUAUACAAUUUGUCUCAAACAUCGCCUUUGCCUACUUUGUUUUGAACAAAACAGUGACAAUCAAAGUAUUGGUAGCUACUGCCUUUAUUGUUCUUGGAAACAUCUUUCUUGUAGCCUUUGGCAACCACCAGUCACCUGUUUACACGCCGGAGCAGUUGGCUGAGAAGUACAGCAACAUUACGUUUCUUCUUUACAGUCUCACUUUAGUCUUAGUCGUUGCUUUACAUCAUUCAAUAUACAAGAGAGGAGAAUUAUUGCUUGCUGUACCGAUGAAUGAAAAUAAGCCCUGUUGGCGCAUGCUGCUUCCAUUUUCAUAUGCAGUUGUUUCAGGUGCUGUUGGAUCAUGUUCAGUAUUGUUUGCAAAGUCUCUUUCAAACAUGUUAAGAUUGUCCAUGUCAAGUGGUUAUUCAUUGCACAGCUGGUUCACGUAUUCCAUGCUCCUGUUGUUUCUUAGUACAGCUGGAUUUUGGAUGGCACGGUUAAAUGAAGGACUUUCGUUCUUUGAUGCGAUACUUAUUGUCCCUAUGUUUCAAAUCGCUUGGACUUUUUUCUCCAUUUGUACAGGAUUUGUGUACUUUCAGGAAUACCAGUUGGAGUGUACAUAUUNAACAACAAUGUUCAUUCUUGGAAUGAUUUCUGUGUUUGUGGGCAUUUCUUUGCUAGCACCAGAUGAAUCAAAAGGAGGUGAAGUGAAGGAUGGUUCUUUAGUUUCAACAACUUCAAAUUUGUCGCAGGAUGAGGAGAGGCUGUUCAUGCAAUCUGAAGACUCCCAAAUUAAGGAUAUAAGAUCAUUUGGACGAGUUAUGCUGAUGAAAACUGCUAAUAUGAUUGUCAAGGCAAAGGCUGCAUGUUCAGUAUCACUAGGCUUCGGGGGAGACUCGCUUCAUGCAUCUUCAGUGCUGGUGAUGCCCAUGGUCUCGUCGAAAAUAACCGGCUUCCGAGGAGGUGGUCUUGAUCGGGCUAAAUUAUUAUCUGCUCGAGGCCCAGGUUGGAGCAAAUUUGCAGUUGAUGAGGAUGGUGAGACAAUCCUGGAGACAACUGCAAUGCUGCCCCAAGUUUACGACAAACUACGCUGGACUGCGAGGCAAGAUUUGGACACUUCUGCACUAGCUGCUGGCAGUUGAUAGUUUGAGAUUGUGUGAUUGUUUUUCUAGUGUAAAUAGUGUUUUGGUUUCCUGUCCGGUGCAUGUGAUUCUGGCUGCCACGUGAUCAACUGCAUAACCCUAAAAUAGAUGAUUCUUUUAGAAAUAUGAACUCUAGAUAUACUAAGGUCAAGAAUUUCGAUUAAUUGAUAGGAGUGGGGUGGGACAACUAAUAACAGUUCGAAACUUCGAUGGUCCAUAUCGAGCCAAGUAGUUAGACAAACACAAAACUGCUCGUCUAGAAUUACAUAUCUUUAUAUGCGUGUUGUACGGAAAAUAGUAGAAGUUCAGAUGCGGCUUUGGUAGUUCAUUGGGCACCGCCCACAUUUUAUAUUAAGUGAACCUUUUUCUCUGCCUA